CUGCUGCAGCUCAAGCUCGAGCUGCCCUUCGACCGCGUGGUCACCAUCGGCACCGUGCUCGUCCCCAUCCUGCUGGUCACCCUGGUCUUCACCAAGAACUUCGCAGGGACACGAUGGUAAACAGGUGCCGGCAACACGCGGCACUGGCCUCCUAGCCUAGAACCUCCCGGAAGGCCAGGGCCAUGUGCAUCCGCAGUGUGGAGGGCAGCGGGCCACGGGAAGACCCCAUGGCUCCUGGCCGGGCUUGCUGUGAGUAGACCCCCAGUGCGCCGACCACUCAGCAGCGGACAUAGGGGCGGCCUCAGCGGGAAGCGGGUUCCUCAGUUGUUACGCACCCCCGCACAGGGCAACUCGCAGCUGCUCUUUCCAUAAGUGGCAAAUAAUUGUGGCCGCACAUAACCUGGGUGUCUCUGGACUGGAGGUGUGCAGGGAUCCCCAGAGCAUGUGCCCUUCUCAAAAAGGGAAGAAGGCAAGUGCCCUGCACCUCGAGGACAUGGAGCAUGAGCUGCAGGGCCGGUGCUGGGUCCUGGGGGCCAGGGGAACCUGCGCGGGUCACUGCUCUCUAGAGAGGGGAUGUCUCCCCGCGCCUCCCUCCUGUGUGGGGGUCCCCCUGGCACGGUGGGAGCACCCUCACUCACACUCCUGGGGGAGACACGGAGCAGGAGAGGAGGCGGCCAGCCACCACCUGCCUUAGCUUUCCGCUGCUGCUCUAACAAGUGACCACGAACUUAGCCGCUUAGGAUAACACGUUGCGAUCCCAGAGUCGCCCAGCUCGGAGUCAGAAGUGCUUCACAGGGCGCAGGGCGCAGGUCACUCAGGGCCUCAGUCCUCCUGGAGGCUCCAGGAGGCUCUUGUCUGCUCUCCCAGGCUCCAGAGACCCCACUUUCCUUGGCUUGGUGCCGGUCCUCCAGCUUCAAAGCUGGCGCAGUGGCUUCUCUCUCCAGCCUCUGCUUUCAUGCUCACAAAUCUGACUCUGCCCCCUGUGACCACCCCGGGCCCACCCGCAUAAUCCAGGACCGUCCCCCCCAGAGCCUGCGUAAAGUAGCCCAGGUGCGGGCGGCCCCAAGUGGAUGGCUGUGCGGGCAGGGGCAGGCCUGGGGGCAGGACGCCAGCAGUCAGGGGAGCAGGCCGCGGGCUGGCCGCUGACCCCUCGGGGCCACGGACACGGGGUCCAGGGACGCCCCCAGGUCAGCCCCUGGCCUGCCGGGCAUUGCCCUGUGGGGAAGUGUCCAUAUGUGAACCCCCAGCGGGUGGAGCCCCAGAUGUGUUCUUUGCUGUUGGUUUGUGCCCAUCGUCACCUGGGAGGGAAAGUAAAGUCCAGUGACAGCCUUCAAGCUGCCACCUGGGAGGCCCCCGCUGUGGUGGCCGCGGACGCCAAGAUCCUGGCCCCUGUGUCCCAUCAGAGGCUGGGCCCGCCCGGGGCCCCAGGAUGGUGGGCCUGGGGAGCCACCACACCCUCGGUGGCAGGCUGGGCACAGCCAUCCUCCUGGAGCUGCCCCUGGCCCCGUUGGGCCGGCCGCGCUCCCUCCGGGAGCCGGGGCCCCAUGGCCCAGCCCAUGGGCUGGGGUAGGUGCAUUGCGUGCGGAGGGACCCCGGCGAGUGGCCUGGCCCGCCCUGCUGCCCUCAGACAGGGCCUCCCCCACCUCCGACGGCGGGAGCUGAGGUGCCACUCACCCCGGGGCUGUCCCCACUCCGUGCCACCCCAGCUGCGGGGGUCUCCAGGCUGAGACCUCCUGGGCCCGGGCAUUUGUUUGGGGACUGCAGUCCCUGGCAUGUCUGGCGCGCCCCCGCCCCCACCCAGCACCCCAGCCCAAGUCUCCUCUCUGCCCUCAGAGGAGCCCAUUUACUGCUACACGCCGCACAACUUCACUCGUGACCAGGCGCUGUACGCUCGCGGCUACUGCUGGACGGAGCUGCGGGACGCGCUGCCCGGCGUGGACGCCAGCCUGUGGCCGUCGCUGUUUGAGCACAAGCUGCUGCCCUACUCGCUGCUGGCCUUCGCGGCCAUCAUGUACGUGCCCGCGCUGGGCUGGGAGUUCUUGGCCUCCACCCGCCUCACCUCGGAGCUCAACUUCCUGCUGCAGGAGAUCGACAACUGCUACCACCGCGCGGCGGAGGGCCGCGCCCCCAAGAUCGAAAAGCAGAUCCAGUCCAAGGGGCCCGGCAUCACGGAGCGCGAGAGGCGCGAGAUCAUCGAGAACGCCGAGAAGGAGAAGAGCCCCGAGCAGAACCUGUUCGAGAAGUACCUGGAGCGCCGCGGCCGCAGCAACUUCCUGGCCAAGCUGUACCUGGCACGGCACCUGCUCAUCCUGUUGCUCAGUGUGGCGCCCAUCUCCUACCUGUGCACCUACUAUGCCACCCAGAAGCAGAACGAGUUCACGUGCGCGCUGGGCGCAUCUCCAGACUGGCCGGCCGCGGGGGGCACGGCCGUGCGCGUGAGCUGCAAGCUCCCAUCUGUGCAGCUGCAGCGCAUCGUGGCGGGCGUGGACAUCGUGCUGCUCUGCGCCAUGAACCUCAUCAUCCUCGUCAACCUCAUCCACCUUUUCAUCUUCCGCAAGAGUAACUUCAUCUUCGACAAGCUGCACAAGGUGGGCAUCAAGACGCGCCGGCAGUGGCGCCGCUCCCAGUUCUGCGACAUCAACAUCCUGGCCAUGUUCUGCAACGAGAACCGCGAUCACAUCAAGUCACUCAACCGGCUGGACUUCAUCACCAACGAGAGCGACCUCAUGUACGACAACGUGGUGCGGCAGCUGCUGGCCGCGCUGGCCCAGUCCAACCACGACGCCACGCCCACCGUGCGCGAUGCCGGCGUGCAGACGGUGGACCCCAGCGCCAACCCCGCCGAGCCCGAGGGUUCCGCCGAGCCGCCCGUGGUCAAGCGGCCACGCAAGAAGAUGAAGUGGAUCCCCACCAGCAACCCGCUGCCCCAGCCCUUCAAGGAGCCGCUGGCCAUCAUGCGCGUGGAGAACAGCAAGGGCGAGAAGCCCAAGCCCGUGCGCCGCAAGACGGCCACGGACACGCUGAUCGCACCGUUGCUGGACGCCGGCGCCCGCGCUGCCCACCACUACAAGGGCGGUGGGGGCGACCCGGGGCCUGUGCCGGACAAGAAGCACGCACGCCACUUCUCCCUGGACGUGCACCCCUACAUCCUCGGCACCAAGAAGGCCAAGCCCGAGGCCGGGCCCACCACCGCCCUGCCCACCUCCCGGAGCCAGGAAGGCAGUUUCCUUUCCCAGGCGGAGGAGUGCGCGCUGGGCUUGGCCGCAGCUCCCACCAAAGACGCCCCACGCCCCGAGAAGGAGAUCCUGUACCCAGCAGAGCCGGCCCGGGCCGCGCUUCCCCCUGGGGGCCCCUUUCACGUCUGCUCGCCCCCAGCAGCCCCCGCCACAGCCCCUCUGUCGCCGGCCAGUCUGGGCAAGGCCGACCCCCUUGCGAUCCUGAGCCGCAACGCCACGCACCCCCUGCUGCACAUCAGCACACUGUAUGAAGCCCGGGAGGAGGAGGACGGGGGCCCCCGAGCACCCCCGGACGUGGGCAGCCUUAUCGCCAUCCCGCCGCCCCAGCAGAUCCUCAUCGCCACCUUCGACGAGCCGAGGACGGUCGUGAGCACCGUGGAGUUCUGAGGAAGGGGCAGCCGCCGCCGCCCCAGACCCACGUGGACGUGGCCUCUGCUUCACCCGGCACUGCCCACGCCUUCCGGCCUCCAGUCCGCAUGCUACAGGGCUGAGCGCCGUGCCCUCCCGGCCCCCGGGACAGCAUCGUGGGGGUGCUGGCUGGGCCCGGGGCCGGCCUUGACCCCCAGCAGAGCCCCCUGGAAGGCCUGGAGCCACCCUGCGUCAGGCAGUGGCUGCAAGCUGAAGAGUCUAUUUUUUUAGGCGAUUUCGUGUUGGGCCCGGGAUGCUGGCCCUGAGGGCCGGGCCAUGGCAGGACAGCUCUGCUCCAAGCCGGGAGGGAGCUGGGGCGGUCCCAGCACCGGGCCUGCCGGGCCCAGGGGUCCACGCUCAGGUCAGCAGGGGCGCAGGGGUCCACCCUCCAUCCGAUCAACGUGCACUUUCUCCUUGAGUCCCAACAUACCUGUACUUUAUUUUAAUACGAUUACUGUAACUACUGAGUGUACGUAUUAGCAGGAGACAGGAUGGUGUGUGCGUGGGCGUGAGCGACAGGAUGAGGGCACCAGUGUGCCAGCGGAUGUGUGCGUGAGUGGGCGUGAGCAGUGAGCAGCGCGGUGUGGGCUCAGCGGGUACGCACGGCGUGUGAUUGGACACGGGGCUGAGACGGCGCGGACACCAGCGUGCAAGGGAAGGAGUCCAACGCAAUAACCACGUCCCCCCACCCAGGCCACCAGCCCCCACCUGAGGGCCCAGCUUCCCGUGGGCACCCAGGGCUGGCGCUCGGAGGGUCUGUCCCUAUUACCUCAGCCACGGUGACAACGUGACAGUAUUAAUAAGGUAGCACCGAGCAUAUCAAUAAAUAUUAUUCUGAUACUGUGUGAGUCCGCGUGGUCUGUCCUGCAGGAGGCCUGGGCUCUAGCAGGACCUCUUACAUCUGAGGGAGGUGGCCCCUGCCCUCCAGGUUACCUUGGGGGCCCUACUGCACCCACAGGGAGGCAGGGGUGCAUAGGUGUAACUUGGGGUUGACAUCCCAUGACCUCUGAUGUGCUUGUGCUGCGGGCCGGGGGGUCAUGCAGGGGAGCCCUGGGCUCACAGGCUCAGCAGAGACGAAGGCACGAGCCCCCAGGAAGCCCCAUCAGGGGCUCGGGGACAGGGGCCCAUCUGGUACAGGCAUGGUGUGAGGCUGCUCCCGCUGCAGGGACCCAGGACCUUGGUGGGACAAGGCUGGUCUCACGGCCACAUGCCCUCAGUCCCACCCGGUGGCUCCCAGGGUCUAAACACAGGCUCCCCAGAGCCAGGUGGCCAUGCAGCCAGGCCAGAAACUGUGGGUGCUAGAGCCGGGGGAGCGGGGCAUGAGAGCAGAGAGGGCCCCCAUGGGCGGCUGAGCCCUGCCUGGCCCAGCGCUGCAUCCCCCUGCACCCCCCUGCAGGCCGACCUCCCCCGGAGCCCGAUGACCAGACAGUGACAGACAAGGGGCCCUGGGUUUUAAACAUAGGUUUGUCACUAGGGUCUGGCAAGGCCUGCGCGGGAGACCGUACGGUCGGGAGAGCUCGUCACUCAGCUCCCGAUGGGGGGCAGGCCGUGCCCAGGCCAGAGGCCCUGGGGGUUGCCCCAGGAGGCAGCGCGGGAGGGGGUCCAGGGCAGGAGCCUGUCCCGUGGCUUCUGCAGGAAGUACGGACAAGGCAGGUGGACGGACUCAGGGCUGGCUCAUGGGAACACCGUCUGCGGGCUCCGGGGCUCCCGGGUCGCCGGGCACCUGCCCUGGGUGGUGGGAGUGGGUGAGGACCCGAGGGCGGGAGCCCCACGGAGGGUGCGGGCGGGGGCGCUGCGGUCUCCGGCGGUAGCCCUGGGGGAGGCUCCUUCCA